UCAAAUAGCCUAUAUACUUAAAUUAUAUAGUCUAGAAAUUACAGGCAGACACUCAGAUCAGUUGAAUUCUUAUCAUGGAUGGGGAAAAGAUUCAAAGAGCAGACCUUCCAGAGGGUGAAAAUGAUGAUAGCACACCUCUCCACGCGGCAUCAUCCAAUGGUCACCUCGAGGUUGUAAAGGAUCUCAUUGGCCAAGGAGCAGAUAUAAACAGGGCUAGUAAUGAUAAUUGGACACCUCUCCACGCGGCAUCAUUCAAUGGUCACCUCGAUGUUGUACAGUUUCUCACUGGCCAAGGAGCAGUUCUAAAUAGGGCGGAUAAUGAUGGCAGGACACCUCUCUACGCGGCAUCAUUCAAUGGUCACCUCGAUGUUGUAGAGUUUCUCAUCGGCCAAGGAGCAGAUUUUAAAAGGGCGGAUAAAGAUGGCAGGACACCUCUCUACGCGGCAUCAUUUGAGGGUCAUCUCGAUGUUGUACAGUUUCUAAUUGGCCAAGGAUCAGAUCUUAAUAGGGUGGAUAAGGAUGGCAGGACACCUCUCCACGCGGCAUCAGCAAACGGUCACCUCGAUGUUGUACAGUUUUUCAUUGGGAAGGGAGCAGAUCUACAAAGGGCGGAUAAGGAUGGCUGGACACCUCUCUUCAUGGCAGCAGCAAACGGUCACCUCGAUGUUGUACAGUUUUUCAUUGGGAAGGGAGCAGAUCUAAAAGGGGCGGAUAAGGAUGGCUGGACACCUCUCUACACAGCAUCGUGCAAUGGCCACCUUGAUGUUGUACAGCUUCUUAUUAGGAAAGGAGCAGAUCUGAAUGGUAAUGAUUUGAGCACACUUCUAGAAGCGGCAUCACUCAAAGGUCACCUCAAUGUUGUACAGUUCCUCAUUGGCCAAAAAGCAGAUUUCGCAAGGGCUGGUAUUGGUGGACUCACACCUCUCGAAGCAGCAUCAUUUAAUGGUCAUCUCAAUGUUGUACAGUUUCUCAUUGGCGAAAAUGCAGAUCUUAAUAGGCCAGGUAUUGGUGGGCGUACACCAUUUCAAGUGGCAUCUUCCAACGGUCACCUCGAUGUUGUACAGUUUCUCAUUUGCCACGGGGCAGAUCUAAAUAGUGUGGAUAAAGUUGGCCUGACACCUCUCUACACGGCAUCAUUCAAUGGUCACCUUGAAGUUGUACAGUUUCUUAUUAGUGAAGGAGCAGAUCUAAAAAGGGCCAAUAAAGAUGGUAUGACACCUCUCUACACGGCCUCAUUAAAUGGUCACCUUGAAGUUGUACAGUUUCUCAUUGGCCAAGGAGCAGAUCUAAAUAGUGUGGAUAAAGAUGGUAUGACACCUCUCUACAUGGCAUCAUUCAAUGGUCACCUCGAUGUUGUACAGUUUCUUAUUGGUCAAGGAGCAGAUCUAAAAGGGGCGGAUAAGGAUGGAAGGACACCUCUCCACGCGGCAUCAGCAAACGGUCACCUCGAUGUUGUACAGUUUCUCAUUGGCCAAGGAGCAGAUUUAAAUAGGCAUGGUAAUGAUGGUAGCACACUUCUAGAAGCAGCAUCACUCAAAGGUCACCUCGAUGUUGUACAGUUUCUCAUUGCCCAAAAAGCAGAUUUCAAAAGGGCCGGUAUUGGUGGACGCACACCUCUCCAAGCGGCAUCAUUAAAUGGUCACCUCAAUGUUGUACAGUUCCUCAUUGGCGAAAAAGCAGACCUUAAUAGGCCAGGUAUUGGUGGGCGCACACCACUUCAAGUGGCAUCUUCCAACGGUCACCUCGAUGUUGUACAAUUUCUCAUUGGCCAAGGAGCAGAUCUAAAUAGUUCUAGUUAUGACGGCAGCACAUCUCUGGAAUUGGCAUCACUCAAAGGUCACCUCGAUGUUGUAGAGUUUCUCAUUGGCCAGGGAGCAGAUCUAAAUAAUAUUGUUGGGCGCACACCUCUUCAAGCGGCUUCAUUUAAUGGCCAUCUCGAUGUCGUACAGUUUCUCAUUGGCCAAGGAGCAGAUCUAAAUAGGGCUGGUAUUGGGGGGCACACACCUCUCCAAGCGGCAUCACUCAAAGGUCACCUCGAUGUUGUACAUUUUCUCAUUAGCCACAAAGCAGAACCAAAUAGGGCUGAUAAUGACUGCAGCACACCUCUCCACGCGGAGUUUAUCGAUAAUGAUCCAGCCGUUGGUUCACAACAGGAAAGCGGGAGUGUCGAAAAACAGGUGGAUAGCGAAGCAAACGUACACACCUCAAAAACAGAACAGCUCAACAUAGACUCUGCAUCUUCUAAACAGGUCGUAGAAGAUGUUAUUCAUGAUUCCACGGGGGCUUCUGAUGAGCAAGCAGGCUUGCUUCGCAUCGAGAAGUAUGGCAUUGAAGUCCAGUUUCAUCCAAGCUCCGACAGUUUUGUGUUGAUUGCUGCUUCCAAUGGUGACCCUCGAUGUGAUGUUAGAGAGCGAGACCUUGACCUCUAUAUCUCUCACUUCUCUGAAUGGUGGAUUGUUGCCUUCAUCACAAAGGUAUUCGUGGGCAAGCGUGUCGUCUGUACCCCUUUCGUACCCGAACCGAGUCCUAUGAACACUAAGCAUCUGGUGAGGCUCUGCAUUAGAGACAGUAACCAAGGGAAAGCGGAGCCUGAACCAGGAUACGUGACACCAAUAAAGGGAGAAGAGUAUUUCGUGGCAUGGCGUUCUGGUGAUCUUAAAGUAACCUGUCAGGUAGACGACAAGGACAUAUACACCAAGGCAAGUUAA